GAGAGGCUGCUUACAGCGUCAUUUCCACGGAGCAAUCUAAGGAGCUGGAGUUGCGCUUCGUUUUUGUACAGUAUUAGAUGAUCGGUUUGAGGAAGUUGGUGCUAGAAUUGAUACCCAGUAUACUGAAUUCCAAGUUUGCAAAUACCAGAGAUUGACUCGGCGGAAUUUAGAAGGACCACAGCUCACAAGAAGCUUCGUGACCGGUUGAAUGAGGAGGAAGCCCCUUAAGAAACUCGCGAUAAUCAUCAUGUUUCCAUCAAAAUCCUUAAAAUGGUCUGUCCGCAGAUUCUUUCUGUCAAGUCCUUUUCCAGUGCCAAUUGUGCCAGUAAACCUUCUUCCGGCAACGGAACCUGUUGAAGAAGAAUGUGCACCUCACUAUAGUCCCAAACACUUUUAUCCGAUGCAUCUAUACGAAGUACUGAACAACAGAUACCAAAUCGCUGCAAAACUUGGCUGGGGUACCAGUUCCACGGUCUGGUUGGCGCGAGAUCUCCACCAAUGGCGCUGGCUUCCAGGGCGCUAUGUUGCAGUCAAAGUUAAUGCAAACAAUUACGCAAGCAGAGAAGCCGCCGAAACAGAGUUACGUUUGACAGAGCACAUAACGAAAGCAAACCCUCACCACGUCGGCCGCCUUUUUGUCCGCACCUUGCUCGACUCCUUUGACUUGCAUGGACCUUGCGGCACCCAUGUUUGCAUGGUCUUUGAUCCUCUGCGUGAGCCUCUUUGGAUGUUAAAGCGGCGCUUUCAAGGAAGGGUGCUCCCGGCAGAUGUCCUUAGGCCGGUCUCCAAAUUGGUAAUAGAAGGCCUCAACUAUCUUCACUCUCAGUGCCGCAUCAUCCAUACAGAUCUAAAGUCCGAUAAUAUCUUGAUGGCGCUUCGAGACCGGGCUGUACUAAAUGCAGUUGCACAGGAUGAGAUAGAUAGUCCAUUGCCUCAGAAAAGACUCGGGGAUCGAACAAUAUACCUCUCGAGGAACGAGUUUGGCUUGCCAAUUACCGAAAUAGGAAGACCAGUAAUUACUGACUUUGGACUUGCCGUGCAUGGAGACAAUCUUCCUUCUUACUAUCAUCUUAUUCAACCUGAUAGCUAUCGUGCUCCCGAGGUAAUCCUUGCAUGUGGUUGGAGUUACAGUGUUGAUAUAUGGAACCUAGGUGUCUUGAUUUGGGAUAUGCUUCAAGGGAGCGGCCCCUUUGAUGUAGAAGAAUCUAGAAUGCGAACGUUCUCCAAUGAAAGUCAUUUAGCGCACAUUAUUGCAUUACUAGGUCCGCCACCGCUAGACAUGCUCAACCAAGGAAAAGAAAGUUUUCACUAUUUUGAUAACGAAGGAAACUUCAAGUUUCCCGAGCUUAUUCCGAAAAGUCAGGGGCUCGAAAAUUUACUUUCUUGCAUUGAAGGAGAUGAAAGGAAGAUGUUUCUUAAUUUCAUUUCAAGGAUGUUACAGUGGCGACCGGCAGACAGGAGCAACGCAGAAGAGUUACUCUCAGAUUCCUGGCUCCAAGGAAUAUAAACACAUGUCCAAAACUCCUCUCCAUGCUUCAAACGGGGGAGCUGGAGUGUGCAUAUCAAUUCCAGGUCCCCACACUUCACUGCAUGUUGCCGAUGUCAGGACACCCUGAUGUAGAGCGUAAGAAGGAAAGGGCAAAAGUCCCAUCUUCGUGAAGCAUCUGGCACAUGAGGUUUACCUCAGGCUAAGGGCGAGAAGUCAGGGCCAAAGUGUCGGAGCGAGAUCUCAGUGGGCAAAUUGUCUGUAUAAAUAGAAAGGGUGAC